GUGGAGUGGAGCUUCGUGCUCAGAGAUAGUCGGGUCACAGGACAUUGAGAAGUGAGAGAUCCACAGUCCGGGCUCAGGGUAAGCGGCUCCAUACUAAUGCAGACCCAGAUACUCAGCACCGCUAUAUAAUGUGAUCUAUACAAGGCUGGCCCCCAUAGGCUUUAAUAACCACAACUACUAGUGUACUCCUGGCUGAACUUAAUGGGGGUUGUCUCCCCUCGGCUGUCUGAGUGUGAUCGCUGCCUAGCAAGGAGAGAGCGAGGGCAGAGGGUCAUAUGUCGGUGACACCGCCUAGAUGGAAAGCGAUCUAGGGAUUUAUCUCGGCGAGGGGUGAGAGACUCCUGUAGGUGAGGGGUGAGAGACUACUUUAGGUAAGGGUCCUGGGUUGACUCCUGUAUGGGAGGGGUAACUAGGUGCUGGGGGUGACUCCUGUGUGUGAGGGGUGACUUGGUGCUGGGGGUGACUCCUGUAUGUGAGGGGUGACUUGGUGCUUGGGGUGACUCCUGUAUGUGAGGGGUAACUAGGUGCUGGGGGUAACUCCUGUAUGGGAGGGGUGACUCCUGUUUGUGGGGGGUGACUUGGUGCUGGGGGUAACUAGGUGCUGGGGGUGACUGCUGUAGGUGAGGGGUGACUUGGUGCUGGGGGUGACUCCUGUAUGUGAGGGGUGACUUGGUGCUGGGGGUGACUCCUGUAUGUGAGGGGUGACUCCUGUAUGUGAGGGGUAACUAGGUGCUGGGGGUAACUCCUGUAUGGGAGGGGUGACUCCUGUUUGUGGGGGGUGACUUGGUGCUGGGGGUAACUCCUGUAUGUGAGGGGUAACUAGGUGCUGAGGGUGACUUGCGCUGGGGUGACUCCUGUAUGUGAGGGGGGUGACUUGGUGCUGGGGGUAACUCCUGUAUGUGAGGGGUGACUCCUGUAUGUGUGAGGGGUAACUAGGUGCUGGGGGUGACUCCUGUAUGUGAGGGGUGACUUGGUGCUGGGGGGUAACUCCUGUAUGUGAGGGGUGACUCCUGUAUGUGUGAGGGGUAACUAGAUGCUGGGGGUGACUCCUGUAGGUGAGAAGUGACUUGGUGCUGGGGGUGACUCCUGUAGGUGAGGAGUGACUUGGUGCUGGGGGUGACUCCUGUGUGUGAGGGGUGACUUGGUGCUGGGGGUAACUCCUGUAUGUGAGGGGUGACUUGGUGCUGGGGGUGACUCCUGCAUGUGUGAGGGGUGACUUGGUGCAGGGGGUGACUCCUGUAUGUGAGGGUUGACUUGGUGCUGGGGGUGACUCCUGUGUGUGAGGGGUGACUUGGUGCUGGGGGUGACUCCUGUAUGUGUGAGGGGUAACUAGGUGCUGGGGGUGAUUCCUGUAUGUGAGGAGUGACUUGGUGCAGGGGGUGACUCCUGUAUGUGACGGGUGACUUGGUGCUGGGGAUAACUCCUGUAUGUGAGGGGUGACUUGGUGCUGGAGGUGACUCCUGUAUGUGUGAGGGGUAACUAGGUGCUGGGGGUGACUCCUGUAGGUGAGGAGUGACUUGGUGCAGGGGGUGACUCCUGUAUGUGAGGGGUGACUCCUGUAGGUGGGGGCUGUUAGUGAGGGAUACUUUGGGGGGCUGUGAGGUACAGCUUUAGGUGAGUAGUGGUCGGAGUGCUGUGAGUUCCUCUUUAAGGUGAGGGAUCCCUGGGGGUCUGUUUGUGAAGGGUGGAUGGGGAGGCUGUAAAUUAGUCCUUUAGAUGAGGGCUGUUUGGGGGUUGUGGGUGACUCCUUUAUGUUAUGGGGGCUGUAGGUGAGGUGUGAGGGUGCAGAUCGAGCUGUUUAUGGAGCUUGCUGAGAAACAUGCUGUAACCAUGUGAGUGCCAAGACUGUGUCAGGGGGCAUUGUGUUUGGGAACAUUUCCAGCGCUCAGAGAGUUAAAUGGAACGUGCGUGAAGGUGUAUACAUUGUUUCAGACAGCUAGCUCUCACUAUGGGCUGUCACAUGAAUGGGAUAUGUGCAAAUGAUCUUUGAUUUACUAACGUGGCGAGCUCUAUGGCGGAGCCGACCGAUCUCUCUCUGGGUGCUGGAUUUUAUAAACCACAAAUUACUGUGCUUUGUGGUAUGCAUAUGUAUCCAUAUAUCCCCUGAUAUCUGGCAUGUUAUACACAGCUAUCGCUCUAUCACAUAAUAUAUUUAUACAGCGCUUUGUGGUGUUGCUGAACUUUCUGCACAGUUCUAUUUAUUUAAUAGCAAUCUCUAAAUGUUGUCAUCGUGUACACGGCUAUCUUACAGUCUGUAUAAACAGUGCUGUGUAGACUUUGUGUAGAGGUAUGGCUAAUCCUUGGCAGCUAUGGCUCUGACAUGAUAUACAUGGCUAUCUGACUGACCUGUCACUAGCAUGUCUCUUGCAUGAUGUAUCCACUCCCAGAUAUCUGUCUGACUUCCUACAUAAAGAAUACCUAGUGCUGUCUAUUGUUUUAUUUGUAGGACGGUCUUUUUCUAUGUGUCUGUUUACACAGCUAUGUUUAGCAGCCAAGCUGUAUGCACACACCUAUCUCCCAAUUCUCAAGUCUCUGUAUAGACAGCUAUAUCUACUAUAUCUGGCAUUAUGUACACAGCUAUCAUUGGUUUAUUACAGCUCCCUCCAACACAUCUUGUUUGUGCAUGCUGGUCACAACUCUCUCUAAACCUAACACCACUAAACUUUGUUCUGGAGAAUGCAGUGGACUUUAAAGGGGACUUAAUGUGUUCUAAAAUGGAAUUAUAUAUGCUAACAGUGAGAAAUAAAUAGGGCAAAGAUUAUUUUUGACUAUAUUCAGUUUGACUUUGUAAACCAUGGAUGAUAAACUCCAGACACUUCAGUAGUUUUCUCUAGAAUGUGAAAUGUCUAAAAUUAAAAGUGAAUUUAAAAUUUUGGGCCAAAAUUGCUGAGCUAGACCUAAAAUCUGAAAUGCAAUCGGAAUUGACAUUUAAUUCCAGUUUCAAAUCACACUUUAUUUAAAACCCCUAUGUGUCACUCAUGCCAGGUCACUGGUUGAUUGACUGGCCUGUCUGAUGUUUGUAAAAAUGAUCAAACCAUUUUGAAAGUUUUGCAUAUUUGUUUAUAUAUAGUUUGGAAUGUCUGGAUAUUAUCUGUUUGCUUGUACUGUAAAACUCUAUCAAUCGUAUUUGUGUUUUGCUUACUAAAUGUUUAAUUGUAAAAUAAACCUAAUUAUUACUAUAAUCAAAAAUACCAAUGAUGGGGAAAAAAAACUGAAUUUAAGUUUUUUUUUUGUUUCAUACUUAAAAUACCUCCCUAGCCUCGUGUUUAUAAUUUCAGUUUCGGUUUAGUAUAAUUAAUUGUUUAUUGAAUAUACCCUUAAAAAGUAAUGUUUCCCAUAUGUAUCAUUACAUGAUUACCUGUGUUUACAGAAUUAUGUUUAUAUAGACUUUAGUCUAAUGGUGUGUAUACUGUACAGUUAUUUUGAUGGCACUUUGCAUCCAUUUACAAAGCAAUUACCAACAUUAUGUUAAAACCCGUUAUAAGUGACUUCAGAGGCAUUAUAAAAGUAAUUUCUUAUGUUUAAUACAUAGAAUGUCUACAUAGAUGCAUUUGGUUGAUUAUAAAUAAUUUAUAAUUAGAUAUAAAUUUAUAUACAAGUAAGUGUGCAUACUUCUAACAUUUAUGAUAUCCUUGAUUACGUCUUUUAUUAUGGCAAGGCCAUAAAUAUCCAUAUAUACAUACAAAAUACUAAAUAUAUAUUUAUAGGCCAAGAAAGUUUAAUAAUAUCUCAGGAAACCGAAACCAGUUUUCCACCUUAGCAUUGUUAACUAUUUAAGGGUAAAAAACCUCCUAGUUUUUCAAUACAUAACUCAGUCUCGCACAAUCUUUGUUUAAUCAGAAUUGCAUACUGCCACAUAUAAUUAUUGUAGCACUUUCUAGAGUAAGCAUUUACAUAUAACUUAUUUUAAAAGGGAAAUAUCCACUUACAAAUCAGUUUGCAUGCUGGGUGACCAAAUUUGUGUCACCUCAAGUCUUUGUAUUAUAAUUUGUUUUCUAUGACUUUUAUUCAAGGUCCCAGCACAUAUUGCACACACUGCAGGUACACUUAGAGGCCUAAUUGUGUGAUUUAACUAUCAUUGUGUACAUGGACAAAUUACUUGCCAAACAGCUGAUAAGGGACACAAACCACAGGAAACACUGAAGGUUGACAGAAAUUCAGAGCAAAUAAGGGAGAUUUUAUCUCCAAAAAUGUGAUAACAUUUUAACCUUGUGUCUUUUGGGAAAGUAUGCUUAGUGUGUUAAGGGUUAAAAGAAGUCCUCUAGGGCAAUUAUAAAUCUAAAUAUUUGCCCAGGUAAUAGGGGGGAGGGUCUUUACUUCUUAUAUACUGCAGGUAUUUGCAUAACGAAAUGUCAGCUUUCCUUUCAUUUGUGGCAUUGAUUACAGUGUCCUGUGGUUUUAGAAUAGGGUUUGUGCAAUGUUGUUUUUUUCUUUGUAGGUUGCUAAGUAAAUUGUUUUUUUUUUUCUUUUUAACUCUGUAAUGAGGGGUAUAGAAAUCCUAACAUGUGAUCACAUUUGUGUAUACACCUUGUGCAUUAUAAUGUAUUCAAUGAGGCUAUAUUAAAAUUUGCAAACUCUAUGAAAAAAAAACACUUUCUGAUUCCACAAUACCUCAUUAACACAGUUUAUAUAGUGUAGUGAAAAAAAUCCCUGGAGCUACAACAUGGAAUCCUUGGGACCUCUCCUGUAAUGAUUGGACAGGGUUAUUAACACUUCUCCUGCCAGAGGGCCCAAUAACAUUAUAUCCGGAAAGGAAUUCAAAUGAGAAACCUUGAAGGAAGACUUCAGGACAAAUGAGAGAAAUAGGGAAUAACAAGUGCAGAAUGGGAGAGGCCAAAAAAAUGAAGAUGAAAUGAAAGGGAGGGAGAGAGUCAGCAGGGGAGAUGGGAAUAGAAUAGCUGCUGAGUUUCACUGAGGUUAAUAGAUGGAAUGGAGAUCCCCAGGGAGCCUUAUUACCCUAGUUUCGGGGAGGAUCACUUCUAAAGGACAUUUAAUGACAUUUUAGAAAUCCAUGCAAAAUGACAAGAGACUAAGAGAGAGAGAGAGCAGAGUUCCUUAGGAAAUAUACAAAUAUAUAGAUGAUUAGAUUUACCACAAUGCUCAGCUCAUUCAGUGUUACAAAACACUGCCUUUGCUUUGGCAUUGUGAGAGCGCAUGGCUGUGAUCCUCAGUUCAUUUGCCAGACCUGCAUAUAUUAACAAACUACAACUCCUAUCAGUGCUGUGUUGUGUUUUGGGUUGACAGUAGUUCAUGGGAGUUGUAGUUUGCAAAUAGUUGGAGGCCCAGUACUGGUACAGCUUUGCUUUAUGCAGAAGGCACAGAAGCAUACGUUAAAGUUUUACAGUACAAAUGAAAUACAUUGAUUUUAUUUGUAUAUUUGAUAGCCAGUUAUAUAGCACAAGCUAUAGUUCAAAACGUCUGCUUUAUAAAGUGCCCUUAUAAAUACAUCCUGCAUUAAAGUUUAGAUCAACAGCAAAAACAGAUGUGAGAAAGACUGAACUUGAUGGACGCAUUUCUUUUUCAGCUUUGUAGCUAUAUAACUUUAAUGCAGCCUUGAUCACACUAGAUUCAUGGUGACAAAUACCGCAUUUCUUCAUAUUUGUACAUUUUGCUUUUUUUCUUUGUUUAGCAGAAUUUUCAUUUUGGAUAUUACAGGAACAACAAAAAUAUAUUUCUAGCUAGUGACAAAUCUUUCCUGUAAGCGGAGAUUGAGCCCGUCUGAGAGCAAAAGUUACAUUUCAACAAAACAAGAAUUGUUCAUGCUUUGUGUCGACAGCUUGUCCUAAGCUAGCUAUUAUCCAUUGGCUCUGCUCCUAUCAUUCAAUCCUUUCCUUGUCCCUUCCGCAACUGAAAAUUAUUUCCUGGUGGUCAACAAAGCAAUCACUUAACUAAAGAGUCAGAGUGAUGAUAGUUUUGUCCUCUGGAUCCGUAGGCAGUCAAGUUAUGGGUGUACUAUUUAAAUUAUAACAUCUUCUCCGUUUAGCAAGAACAUUACAUAAUUGAGACAGAUAUUCCUUGCAGAGUAAUGAAUAGUUAAUUGCACCUCAAUAAUUCAUAUUGAUUGCUUUGAGUGGUUUUGCAGCUACAAAAAGACAUUCUGUGCAGUAUGUACUUUUAUAACUUUUUUUUUUUUUUAGUUUAGCCUAUUAAGUAUUGGACCAGUAUAAUUAGAAGACAUUCUGUGAGUAUACGUUUAUUCACACAAGGGAAUUGACAGGGUGUGUGCCUAUUUUUUUUAUUCAGCAUAGUUACAUUUCAAAAAAUCUAUUGAUUUGAAAACGUUUUAAAUUCUGCUGUUUUGGCCUAAAAAUACACUUCUAUUCUCUGUUCUCCACAAUUACUGGUUUAGUGAAUCUAAUUCCAUCUAAAGGUCCUGAUAUCUUUCCAAAGUUAACUAGGAGAUGUUACAGUGUUUUUCAAACACCUGCUCAGGACCACCACCAGACCAAAAUCAUAUAAAAACCUUAUUUUUGCUCAGAUGGGCUGUAUGUGCUCGAGUAGUGAAUUCCAAACAUUGCCACUAAGCAAAUACCUUUCUGUACAGCUAUAAUUUCCAUCUGGCAUGAUAUUAAAUGAUCACUCCAAACACCUAAAGCACUUGCCUUAUGUGUGAAGAGACCCCUUUUUUCAUUUUAGAAAAUAGGCAAUAGAAAUGAGCACGUUAAUGAAUUAUCCUAUGUCAAUCAGACAACAGGUCAUGUUACUUCCUGGUUUGGUUAGCUCAGUGAAGCUAAUCUCAAGAGACAGCAAUUGCCCAGAACACCUGCCUUGCAAAAACUUCUCAUUGAGCUGCAUUGGGCAGUCUGUGAUUGGACAGCCACAGAAAGUAUGGGCGGGUUUAGUAGGGGAGAGCUUGAAAGGCUGCAGACAAUAAAUCUGCAAUUUUUUACAAGCUAUUUUUAAAUACAACCCCAAUGUAAAAAUACAUAAUUAAAUGAAUCAUGUUUUCAUUGAUGGUAUAUCUACUAAAUAGUGAUUUUCUUUUUGUAUUUAAGCAGUGGAGUGUCCCUUUAUUCCUACGUGCUACAGAGCACAAAUAUUCUUGUAUCUUUCAACAUCAUACAAAUUCUAUCUAGUACUGUCUGACUGCGUCUUCUCGGGAUAGCAUAUAUAUUUUACAAGCUGAUCAGCUCUGUCCAUGUAUCUUUUGACAACAUGUGGAAUUCAUAGUUUUGAAGCAUAUUUUCAAAUUCUGACUGGUCCUGAGUAGAAGUUUAUAGAAUAUAGUGUCCUCACUCUUUUUCAUUUAGCCUCCCUGAUGCAUCUGGCUUAUGUCAAUUCUUCUUAAACCAAUUCUAAAGGAACUAUAUAAUGGUCUAUGUAUUAUUUUUGGUAGUAGCAUCAUAUAUUAUUGGAAAACUCGCUGUAGUGGGCAUGGUGCCCCUUCUCCACUGUAAAGAGACAACCCAUUUUUAAAUAGUUUGACUUCCAGAAUGUUCAAAGUUCCUCAUCAGGACCUUACAUUAGCUCUCCUUAGCUAAGCACUUCUUUAAAAGGGGGAGAAGAGGGGAGGAGCGACUUCAGUGCACUCCUGCAACCAUAACCACUCUACUGAUUAUGAUUCUUGGAGUGUUGCUUUAAUAUCUCCAUUGGGACACAAUAAAGCCUUGUUUGUUGGUGGUCCAUUAGAACUGAUAUUUGCACAUAUUGGAUGUUGUUACAAGCUGACCCCUUAAGAUAUGAUCAUUUAAUUGCCACUAAUCUAUGUAGCAACACUCUAAUUAUGAUAACUAACUGGUCGUAAAUCCAGGCCUAGUGGCAAUAUUGACUUGUUAGAACUAAGUGACUGACACCCAUAAUAGUGUUAUCUAGCAUCAUCAGCCAUUUAUAUGUCAUUUAUGUAUAUUUUUGCAGGGUUUCUUCUUAUAAAAGUUACAUACCUGUGAUAUCCCAAUAUAUGUAAAUCUGUUCAUAAUAUGAAAAUGAUCUAGUCUUCAUUUUGCAAAAAAUAAACAAACACACAAACAAACAACCUUGUUACAGUAAAAUGAUAUGGCUUUACAAAUGUCAAUAAUUACAUUCCUACAUGGUUCUGUAAAAAUAAGUUUAGAGUAUAAAGGUGUCAACAUUAGAUAUGGUGGGGUUUAGUGAAUUUAAAUGAAAAUUGCAAAGUUUAGGCAGAAGGUACUAACCUGGAAAAUGUAAUCAUACUUAUAAUCAUACCUUGGCUAUUUUAGCUUAAAAUUUGCAGCCGGGUAUCCAGUACGUAUUCAAUUCCAAUAGGACUGUUUCCUAAGCAGAUACCAAGGAAUUCACCAGGAGAUUGCAAACUGUAGGCUAAAAAAGCAGAACAAAAACAUUGCUUGAGAAUUGUUCAAAAUCGGCUGUUUUGUCCUGCCUUUUAGUGGUUUCUAAGGAAUUUCUGAAAGUUCAGGAUUAGUGAAAAACUCUGGGGUUUAUUGAAAAAUAGAAACAAAUUGAAAUUUGAAUUACAAAACUCAAGCUCAAAGGCCAACAAAUUAAACAACUCGGGCUACAUGUAACCACUUCCUUACAAAAUGUGUCUACCUGGACGGCCAAAUGUCUUUUGCUUUAAAGUUAGUCUGAAAUAAAAAAAACAAACAAACAAAAGAGUAAAAACAAAUGCAAGGCUUAAUGCUCCUGCACUGCUCCUCCUCUUCUUACUAAACCAAUCUUCCCCUGUAUUGACUGUGUUCAGCUUUCAGAGAGAAUGUGCAUGACCCCAACACUCUGUACAGUAGAGAACAGGAGAGCAUUAAACGGGGAUUGAGGCAAGGAGUACAUUAAUAUACUGCAUAUAAUGUGCACCAGGUAAGCACUGCAAUUUGCAUCUGCACUUUAAUGUUGACCAUCGUAUGUAGCAUUAUAGCCAUAUUCAGUUAUUAUAAUUUUAUAGAUAGUUUGGGAACCUACAUUUCCAAACAUAGAUAUUCAGGACUUAUGUAAAGCAAUUGAGUGGUCAGGAGUAUUGACAGUGUAUUUGAAAUUGUAAGCCAAAAUAGCUUAGCUAGUAACAUUAUAGCUUAGCUAGAAAUUUCUUCCAGUUCAGCUAUAUUUGCCUAAAAUCUGAAAUUGAUUAUUCAGAUCGUGAUUAUUUUCAAUGCACUGAAUAAUCUUCACAAAAUAUUAGAAAUAUUUUGUAACGAUUGGUAGGCAAGGGGGGGUGGGGGGAGGGGUUCUGCCAAUUAUCAUUAUUUGUGAUAUAUGCUUACAAAAUUAUUGCCUAACCAUAUAUUAUUUUUAAUGUGGCACACAACUCCUGCAUUUCCAAUUUUGAAUCGGUUUUAUGCUAUAUUUUUUAUGAUCCAACAAAACAAAACAAAAAAACAAAAUGGGGUUUAGCUGUAAAUAUAUAUAUAUAUAUUUAUUUUAUUAAAUUUUUUUAGGUGGUUAAGAGGACAGUACUUAGUGCCAAUAUGGAUAAAACAUUCCCAGCCUGGAAUUAAGUUUACCUCCUAAGUUAUUCGCACUGUGGAAAGAUUUUAGCAUAUAAUGGGAAUUCAGAUAACCCUUUUAGGCUAUUUUGUAAGAUUAGGCAGUGAUGGACACCUCUAUAAUGUAUUUACCUGCUACUCCCCUCUGUGAGCAGGUCCCAGUGUCCUUUAUACAUUUAAUGUUCAGGAAGAAUCUAACCUGAAUGGUACACUUUGGGAAGCUUUCAAGAUGCUAUCACCCAUAGUUAAUCUGAUUUGGAUAAACCUGUUUAACUGGGCCACUUUUGAAGGUAAUUUAUACAAUUUGACUGAUUCGUUCUAUAGCUGUUAGAGCGGAUUUUUUUUUUCAAUGGAACAUAUCAUAAUCCUGAACUGUAUUGUCCUUUUGUAUUAGGGUUAGGUUAAAGGAAAACACGAUUACCCGAUAGCCCUGUUGUUAAAUUGCGUCUCAGAGUCAUUUUAAAAACAGGUUCUCCUUUGAAUCUUUUAAAAUUAUUUCUUGUUAUUUAAAAAAAAAAAAAAAAAACCUGGUUACCCAAUGUAUUUGUUAUUAGGCUAGUUGAGCUCGUUAUAAUAAUAUAAUUAACCCAGCCAGCGAAUAAACACAAUAGCUGAAUUCUGCUGCAGAAACAGCUAAUCUGAUGUCAGGUUCUCUGAUUUUUUACAGUGAAACUCACCUUUUAAAGUGAAAUUCGCACAGGUGACACAUUUGAAUACAUUGUUAAACUUUGCAAAGAAAAAAAAUAUUUUUCCUUAGCCAUUAAUAUGUGAUGUAAAUGGGACGGCUGAAAAGAACAACAAAAGUUGACAAAGGGUGGAACUUUAGUCACGCUUCACUGCUUUUGUUAGUUUUGUCAUCAUUAUUAUUAUUUAAAGCACCAACAAAUUCCGCAGCGCUGUCAUUGGCCCCGGAUUGAAGUACUUACCUCCGCCCUGCGCCAUUUCACGUCUUAGAAAAUGAUAGAUUACGGCGCAUAGAAAGAGGAACUGGCAAUCCGUAAGUUAGAGUAAGUUAUUCCAGUCGUGGUUCUGAAAAUGGGUGACGAUCGAUUCAUGUGGCUUUCAGCCGAUGGAUCCAUUGAGUGAUAGAUAUGCUUUAACUGAAUAAGAAGAUUCAGCCAGUUUGUGGCUGAAUGUAGUAUAAUUGGAGGAAAAAUAGACGAAAACUUAUUAAUUUUACCUUGGUAAAGUUUAUAAACUUCACAUUUACUUGCAGCCUUAUUAGAGAGGUACACACAUAUAUUCUGCUAAAUUGACUUACUAGUUUAAAUAAUUGCCAGAUGGGAAAAAAUACAUACUUAAAGGGAUUCUCUUUCCUCAAAUAAAGUUUAUCUUAAAAGACCACUAUAGUGCCAGGAAAACAAACUCAUUUUCCUGGCACUAUAGUAUUAAUAGGUCCCCCCCACCUUCAUGGCCCCCCUCCCGCCGGGCUCUAGGGGGAGGAAGGGGUUACCUUUCUCCAGCGUCGGGCUCCCUCGGCGCUGGGGACUCUCCUUCUCCUUCGGUCGUCAUUGGCUGAAUGUGCAUGCGCAUUCAGUCAGUCCAUAGGAAAGCAUUUCUCCAUGCUUUCCUAUGGACGCUGGCGUCUUCUCACUGUGAAAAUCACAGUUAGAAGCGCGGAAGCGCCUCUAGCAGCUGUCAAUGAAACAGCCACUAGAGGCUGGAUUAACCCAUAUGUAAACAUAGCAGUUUCUGUGAAACUGCUAUGUUUACAGCAGGCAGGGUUAACCCUAGAUGGACCUGGCACCCAGGCCACUUCAUUAAGCUGAAGUGGUCUGGGUGCCUAUAGUGGUCCUUUAAUGAAGUUAUAUUGAGGUAAGGAGUACCUGGGCAUGUUCUUACCUAAAGGGGUUUAACUUUUUCUAAAUGGUUUAAAAGUGAGGCCCAUCUGCUCUUGUUUCCUAUGGCCUUGCAGCAGGUGUUCCUAUGCUUUUGCUUGGGUGGUGGUGAUUGACAGCUGAUGCUUUUAGCCAGUUGCUGUUGCCCAAAAAGAAGCAUUUAAAGGAGUGUUGGAAUUGCAUCAUGGAUCACAGAAAGCAAGAGAGAUGGGCACCGGAGUUUCAAGUUUGUGUUAAAUUGAACAAAAACCGCUUAACCCCUUAAUAAAUGUGAUGUUUAUAAACUUCAUGAACGUUUACUUCUUAUCUUUCUCCACUUAUAGCAUAGGUAGUUAUGGUCCUUGGGUUAUCCGCAUUACCAUUUUCCCUUGGCAUAGAAUGCUAAAUCAGCAUGCUGUUAGGAUAUAAAUUAAAGGGACACUAUAGUCACCAGAACCACUACAGCUUAAUGUAAUGGUUCUGGUGUCUAUAGCAUGUCACUGUAGCCUUCGUACUGUAAAAGCUGCCUUUUCAGAGAAUAGGCAGUAUUUACAUUGCUGCCUAGUAACACCUUUAGUGUCAGUCACACAGACGGCCACUAAAGUGCUACCUGUGUCAGUUCUGCAGUAUGCAGCACUGACGUUCAUUGUCUCCAAGCCCUGCAUGGAGACGCUGCAAGUUCCCCUUAAAGAUAUAUUGAUUCAGUGCAUGUCUAUGUGAAGAUGCUGAUUGGUGCAGCGUGCUGCUGCGAAUGCACAGUAGCUGGAAUGGCUGAGAUCGUCAAGUUUGAUAAUUUCAGCCUUGGAGGCGGGGACAGCUGUGACAAGAUCGGAGCGUAGUGGGGGAAAAGGUGAGUAAAAUCACCUUUAAUCUCUAGAGAGAGUGGAGCCAGUGACCUAAUGCUGCAUUCCAGUACUAUAGUGUCAGUAGUAUGUUUGUACUCCUGACACUAUAGUGCUCCUUUAAUGUCAAUGUAUUGAGCACACUUUGUGCUGAUUUAUAUAGCACUAUACCAUAGCAUACUAGCUAAAAAACACUGCUCUAGAGCUCCGUCUCCCUUUCUUGUCUUUCACUGGCAAUUAGAGAGGGGAAGAAUAUUCUAUUAGGAGUGAAUGUAUAGAAAAUAAUGUGACCUCAAAGUAUUUGAUUUCAACCUUUUUAUGCCAACGAACAGGAUUUAAAACAGUAUUUCGUACUUGUAUAUUAUACUCCCGCCACAACUCACUGGGUUAUAUUGUAAAUAAUAGAGCUUCGAGCUACUGUAUUCUGGGUAAGGUGGAAUGCAAUGGGGGGAGUCACGCCAUCCUUAGUCUCUUUGCACAUCUCUUUGGCUAAGGGGAGGUCUGGCCCUCUUAACAAAUGAGGAUAAUAAAUAGAAAGGCACAAAAUGCCGAUAGAAUGCUCCCUUUUUUUCUGGUUGGGAGUGCUGUGUUAGCAGACACCUCUGACAUUAAAUUUACCCUGAGAAGCUGUAAUGUUUGUCACUGUCUCCUUUUGUUGGCAGAUUUAUCAGCGGGCUGACUGUCAGCUCAGGGGUAUGGAAUGCAAGGGAGACCAUGCCUAUUGGUCUCUUCCUUUGUCAGACUAAAGGAACACACACAAUACAUCUUUUCCUACACAUAGAUCCUUCUUUAUGGAAAGUUGAGACUGGAAUAUUGGUGAUGCAAUAUAUGUGCAAUACACUAGAAAAGAGAAGUGAUUAUUUUAUCCCGAUACAUAUUUUUAUACACAAGUUUGUUAUCUUUGCGAACACACACACACACACACACACACCCUCCCCCCCAACAAAAAACAUACUCUUCUAUUGCAUAUUUAAUAACUAACUUCCAUUGAUCAUAUUUAAUGUGGUACACUAUAAUUGCUUCUCCUACACUAUUAUUAAUCAUCUAAAUUGACGUUUAAACGUGACUAAGACUAUGUGCUGCUCAGUUUCAAAGAUGGCCAACAUGAUGUGACAGCCUUAAUGGCUAGCAAAGCAUCAUGGGAGUUGUAGUUUUUUUUGUUUUGUUUUUUAAACCAGCUGGAGGUCUACCCUUAAACUAUUCCCUGCUAUUCAAUGUAGCAAGAUAAUGAGAAUGAUGCUAUUAAAACAUUGUAUCCGGUAGUUUUUCCUCCUGCCUUUGAUACCAUAAAAUGGUACACAGACAAGGAUCUUUAAUUAUAAGUCACCUUUCAUGUCCAUGAUCCUAUAAACAAUUGGUUGUUUGUAGGGGGGCUCAGCUUCCUUUGUAUAUGGAAAGAAACAUUGGUUCAGCAGAUCCCCCCCACCUCCCUCCCUAAUCUGAGACUGUUCCAUCACACACACUUUCAUGUCCUAAUCCACUGGAUACACAAUGUGAGACUUGCUGAGGACCUGUGAUUGGGAUUAAAGACAGAGGAUACAGUCAGAGAUGCUAACCAUGUAGCAAACCUCUAUUUAUCCUUCCAUUACAAGAAUAUUUUUUUUCCCUGCAGUCUGGGUUGCUUACUGCCAAAAUAUUUUUCACACUCUGAAAGUCUAUAACAAUAUAACAACAGAUCACAUUCUAGGCACUGGUAGCAUACAUUCAUUGCAUUCAUAUCGCUGAUGUAACACUAAUUUAUUAUACAGAGGCAUGUCCUGCACAUUUCUUUUCUGUCCUAGCACGCCAUGUGUUAGUUAUUUCUCUGAUGGUCUGCUUUUCUUUGUCAAAGGGGAAAAUCAGUUAAAAAACUGUAAUGCUUAAAUUCAAGAGCAAGUCAUAUUGGAAUGUGAUCGUUUACACAUAAGGCCUUCUGUGAUAUGUUAUAAUUUUAUAUAUGGGCAUUCAAUGAUGCAUGUUUGAGCACAUUCACAGCACUGGGAGCAGGUCUAGUUGGGUGGAAAUAACAUGAGUAUGCACACUAGGCUGACAUUUCACCUUUGCACCAAGUAUUCAAUCACAAGAAGAGCUUUUGGUGUGGGUAGUGUUGGGAGUCAAGCUUUGUAAGUUGUUAUGGUGGAGCACUGAGUCACCUAGUUUUGGGAGUCACACUAACCCAUGACACUAUAAUCACUGUGAUAUUUAUCACUGCUUCAGUUGUGCAACGCAGACAGUAUGACCAUAUAAUAACUCUGCAGAUGUUUAUUUUGAUCGGUUUUCUAGGGCAAAGUUGAGACAGUCUCCAAUGUCAUCUGACUUUAGGAGUCUAAAAUAAUAUGCUAUUACUGAUAAAAAUUAUUUGGGCAGUUACACAGCUGCAGCAAUCAGGGAAUAAAUUAUUAAUUUAAAUACAAAAAUGUACCUAGCAAAACUAAAGGGGUGCUAGAGCAAACUAGGUCAUGCUGAGUGACAGCUGGGUCACUUAAAAAGCCUUUUAACAUCUAAGCUCAAUAAGGACGUUAACCCCUUCCUACCAACAUGUUGCUUUUUCUCACCCUCUUUCCUUCGCAUUCCUCUUAACACUUGGUACGUGUGGUACAUGUGUUUGUUAUUAUGGGGGAUGGGGUUUGAGCGUAUACAAGUGUGGCUUGAGGUCAUCUAGGCAUCAAAGGGCACACGUAAAAAGAAAAGCAGAUCUGGGUCAUUUUAAACUGAUUUCCUGUUACCGUUUGAGCUCAGAUUGAAACAGCCUAUUGAUUGUAAACGUUUAAGAAACCUGCUCACUCACAGCGUAAUGCCCCCUGUGGAUGAAAUGUUAGAAAUACAGCCCAACAUUAAUCCACCUAUCAUAUGGGCCUUGUAACCAUUGUGGCUCAUGUUGAAGGCCGCCUGCUUUUGGCACUUGACCGCAAACUACUGUAUAUUCAGAUAUACAUUUAUUGGUGGUUAUAGCAGACACUGAUAAGAAAAAAACAGCUCUGUGUUGCUUCCUUAUUUCCAUAGCAGGGUUAGAAAAUAUGUAUGUGGUUGUGUAGGCUAUUAUUAUUUAUAUUGCAUGCUUUAUUCUGCAACACUGUAUCUACAAGCAUCCUUCGUUAUGAGGACCAUCUAGUACAUGGCCAGUAAUUGAUUGUGGUUGGGGAAUUGUGACUUCAUAAGACUCUUUAAGUUUGUAGUAUAUAAUCUGUAGAUUCUCUGUCAGUGUUUUAAGUGCCAAACUCUAGGUCAGUGUGAGCAUGGUUCCAGUCAGCAGGGGCAGCUAUAAAUUCCUUUUGUUGAGAGGAGGUGGAGAGGCUGUGGUUUUCACAUUGGGUUGUUCUUUGAUGUCAGUCAGAGGUGAGCGAGCAAAGAAGAGACGUCAGUUUGUAGUCUGUUUAUGUGAGUAGUCUCUAACAUAUAUUUAUUCAAAAGCAAAUUUGGAAAAUAUUCACUUGAAAAUGAUCUGCAAGUUGGGUUGCUGAAUUGGGUCACCAUUGAAAUGCAUAGGAACUCCAAAAGCCUUUUAUGAAUAGUAUAGGUGAUCAUCUUACACACAUAUAUAUAAAAUAAUUCAUUUUUCACAUUUACGACUGCUAGUUGAUAUGUUAUGGAAUCCUGCUGUCUGUCAGCUGGUAUGGAAUAGCUACUCUCAUACUCCUAAGACAUGCGAAGAAAAGGUAUAUUUAAAGAGUGGGUGAUGAGAGUAAACUCCAAAAUGGCUGGGGGUGAUGAAUGUUUAAUUCUCACCACAACUGGAAUGUUACAGCUUGCUUAACCUGUAUGCAGACAGUCUAGUGUGUUGACAGGUUACAACUGCACACAUACAUUCUAUGUGAUAGAGCUGUCAAUAAUUCUAUUUACACUGGAUCAUUUAUUAGUUCCAUCAUCGUACCCACGCCUUUGUCUGUGCUCGUACGUCUGUUUUUUCCUCAGUUGUUUACCCAUUCUUUUUGUUCUGUUCUAAAACCACGCAGUUUCAUUGUGCUUCUUCUGUUUGUGUAGUCAUCUUUUUUACAUGUUUAGCAUGUCUGCUCUUGAAGUUGUGUUUUUCUUGGUUGAAAGUCUUUAGCCUUGGUUCUCCAUUUGUAGGAAUAAAACAAAGACGGUCUCAGUCUAGGCUUUUUAAAAGUUGAAGAAGUUCUACUGGUGAAAUAUUUUGCUAGUGAAACGCUGAUAAUCUAUUAUUAAUGCUAAUGUCCAGGUUUUUUUUAAAGACCUUUCUCUACUAACAAACCAGGGCUAAAGGUACACUCCAAGUGCUAUAACUGCCUUUACUUUUUGCUCAAGUUAUGCUUCAAGGAGCUUCCUUAAAUUUUUAUGUUAUACAUUUUAGCUGCAGUAAUACGCAAAUAUUGCUGCUGCUAUAAACCCUUUACUUUGUGAUAUCACAGUUUCCCCUUGGGUGUACAAUUCCCAAGUGUUUGGCAGGGGUUCAAUUCAGCCCAUUCCUGGUCAAUGCAGAUGCUGAAGAUUUGCAGCAAAUUUGUAAUAUUCAGAUUUAAGUACCUAUUUUUUUUUUAUAUUUUCUCCUUUAUUUUUGCAUUUUUGCAUAAUAGUCUUGCUACUAGGUGUUAAUCGUUGCUGGUGGAGACAGAAUAAGUUACAAUUAUUUCUUAAGAUGUUUUUGUUUUCAGGAUACUUGUCUACAAAUGAAAUGGUUUACGUAAAAAUAUGGUCCAACGUAGGAUACUCUACAUAACCAUUUUUAAAUGUUUUGCUGUAAAUCCGAUUUAUAAUUGUAACCUGUUCUAACAGUGUCCUUUGUUUUCUUCAGGUUGGUGGUUACUGAAUUGUCACAAAAAUGAGUGUAGCCGACUUUGAUGCUGCCAUGGACUACAUUGAAGGUGCAAACUCCAGUGACCUCAACUUGAGCUGCUCAGGUGGUGACUGUUUCAUUGUGGAAUCUUUAUCAUGCACUAGCACGUUGAACAAGAGUGCUCUGCUCUAUAGCCUGUCCAUUGUCUACAUAUUUAUAUUUGUAAUGGGUCUCAUUGCUAAUUCAGUAGUCAUUUGGCUCAACCUCCGGGCAAAGUCCACUGGGUAUGAGACUCACUUAUAUAUUUUUAACUUGGCUGUGGCUGAUCUGUUUGUUCUCCUCACCUUGCCUGUCUGGGUGGUGUCCUUAGUUCAACAUAAUCAGUGGCCAAUGGGGGAGAUGACUUGCAAAAUCACCCACCUGAUUUUCUCCAUCAACCUGUACAGUAGCAUAUUCUUUCUCAUGUGCAUGAGUAUUGACCGCUACUUUUCAGUAUCACUACGUGGAAACGCAAGUCAGCGUAGAAGAAAGAUCAUACGCCGAUUGGUCUGUGUCCUUGUGUGGCUGGUGGCAUUUGCAGUGUCAUUCCCUGAUACAUACUACUUAAAGACUGUAACUUCUCCAGUCAACAAUGAAACUUAUUGUCGAUCUAUAUACCCAGAAGAUUACUUAAAGGAAUGGGUCCUGGGAAUGGAGGUUCUGUCCAUUAUAGUGGGAUUUAUUAUUCCAUUCCCAAUUAUUACAGUCUUCUACUGUCUCCUGGCAUGGACUCUAUCUUCUUCCUCAUCUGCUGGAGAUCAAGAGCGCAGAAUCAGUGGGAGGCUCAUAGUCUCUUAUGUAGUGGUCUUCAUGGUAUGUUGGCUACCCUACCACAUCAUGGUCAUGUUGGAUGUCUUGGUUUUUGUACAUCUGAUCCCAUUCAACUGCCAGCUAGAUAAUUUCCUUUAUGCUGCCCUUCAUAUCACCCAAUGUUACUCCCUUCUCCACUGCUGUAUCAAUCCGAUCCUCUACAGCUUCAUCCACCGGAACUACCGCUAUGAGAUCAUGAAGGCCUUCAUCUUCCGUUAUUCAUCAAAGACUGGACUUACAAAGCUUAUUGACUCUUCUAAAGUAUCAGAGGCAGAAUAUUCAGCUGUGGAGCAAACACCAAAAUGAAAUAUUUUAUAAGACUACACUGGCUGCUUUUACUGUUCCCCUACAGUACUUAUCGGGGUGCAUGGGACCAAAUUUCAUUCAUGUUUCUGCCCUUGCUGGUAGAUGAGAAAGCGGGGUCCUGGCAAUUUACCAUGUUAUGCUUGACAUGAAAGACCUUAACCAAAAAUCUUUCAAUAUAAUUAUUUGCACCAGAAAUUCUGUUCUGUUGUUAAACACUUAUCACUAUAAUAUACUUAUCAUUGAGAGCAAUAUUAUUAUAUUGUAAAGAGCACUGAAACUGGGGCAUAAAUGCCCCCUUUUGCGUUGACUGGGCAGCUGCAAGUUAACUCUCUUUUUAGCCAUAUAAUGGUAAAGUCAGCAGCGCUUGGACUACUUUCACAGUCGACGUUGCACAAUAUUGUAAAUAGAGACAUUACAGCUCAACACUCAGACUUGGCAGCGUCCCAGAGUAUUAAGUCACACAUCCUAAUAGGCAAUACCCAGCCUCCAAAUGCUGACAGCCACUGCCUUUGUAUUAUAUGUAUUAUAAAACACCUUCUCUAAAGCCCUUAUAUAAAUAUAUAUUUUUCUAUAGCUUAUUGUAUUUAAAAAAACAUUUUUUUUAAAAACUGGCCGUACUUUGUAUUUGAAAUUCCAAUAGACAUUUUAUAUAUCUGCAUAUAUGUAAUAUCUAUAUUUUUGAAGUUGUAAUGUUAUGUGAACAUUGGAAUUGCUUCUUGUUUUAUAUGUUCCUUUGAUGGUUUGACGAACAAUCCAAAGCUCUUCUAAGCCAUUAAAGUUUUAUACAAGCUUAAAUUGGUGUGUUCCUUUCUGGCAUUUGUAGCUGUUUCAAAAUAGAACCGAAAGAAUAAAUUGGAUUGUACCUCCUG